AUGGACAACCUCCCCCUCCUCUUCCUAGACGGCGGCCUAGGAACAACCCUCGAAGCACCCCCGUACAACGUCCGCUUCACCUCCGAGACCCCCCUCUGGUCCUCACAUCUCCUGCUCACAGACCCAAACACCCUCCGCGAUGUCCACCGCGCCUUUGUCGACGCGGGCGCCGACAUCGUCCUCACGGCCACCUACCAAACAAGCAUAGAGGGCUUCAUCCACACCGAUCCCAAGUACACCCGCGAAGAUGCCGUGAGGUACAUGCGCUCCGCUAUCCCGCUAGCGCGGGGCGCAUUCUCCCCCAGCCGCGCCCACUCUCGUCCACUGGACGCAGGCAAGGUGGCGCUCGGCAAGGUGGCGCUCUCGCUAGGCCCGUACGGCGCAACCAUGACGCCCGUCUCGACAGAAUACACGGGUUUGUAUUCGGCGGAGAUGGAUUCCGAGGAUGCCCUGCGGAAAUGGCAUGCGGAUCGGCUACGGCUGUUUACUGAAGACGAUGCUUCCUGGGACGGGAUUGUAUAUGUCGCCUUUGAAACGGUUAAGAGGGCUGAUGAGGUUCGCGCGAUUCGUGGAGCUGUACGAGACGUUAUAUCCGGAACGACCAGGAAGCCAUGGUGGAUAUGCGGCGUUUUUCCGAGCGAGGAGGUCGAUGAGAACGAAGUCCGGCAAUGGGUGCGGGCAGCGCUGGGUCCGGCACGGGAUCGGGAUCAGAAUCGGAAUGAUAAUGCUUGUCUACCGCGGCCUUGGGGGAUUGGAUUGAACUGUACGCGGAUCGGGAAUGUGGAGCACAUCGUCCGGGUGAUGGAGGAUGAGCUGGCUCUGCUUAUUCGGGAGGAUGGCUUUACGGAUGAAUGGGCAGCGACGCGGUCUGGUCGGCCAUGGCUGGUUCUGUACCCUGAUGGGACGAGAGGGGAGAGAUAUGAUCCCGCUACGAAGCAGUGGGUGAAGACGGAGGGAGAGGAGCCUGUGCAGCCUUGGGAGGAUAUGUUCUGCGAGGUCGUUGAAGGGAUCAAGAGACGGCAAAAUGCUUGGGAAGGGCUGGUCCUUGGUGGCUGUUGUCGGACGGGGCCCAGGGAAAUCGCUGCAUUGGCAAGAAAAGUUGGUGUGAAAUGA